UGCGCUCACGCGCUCUGCUCACACACGUGACUUGAAGUGUGCGUGCGCGUAUGAGUGAUUCAAAUUUUAGUUGCUAUAGCGACGCGAGUUAUGAAUUCUGACUGAAUAUAUACACACUCGAACCGAUCGCUAUUUGUUGGUUGAGAGACGAGGCGAAUUCAGAGACUUUUGCAGAGCAUUUUCAGUGCGGAUUUUGAAGCUGUUUGCAGUAUUUCACAGAGGAGACUUUUAUUCUAGAAGGAGAUCGGAGGAUAUAUCAUCUACAUAGUUUUAUUUUUAAAGAGAUUUUUUUAAGGACAGUUUUAUUUUAUUGUUCUUUUUUUUCUUUUUCUUUUCUUUUUUUUUCUUUCUUUCUUUAUUUCUUUCUUUCUUUUUUUCCUGAGGAUAGUUGUAUUUUAUUCUUUUUUAUAUUGUAUUUUGUAUUGUUUUUUUUUAUUGCAGUUUGGAGGAGGAUGUCGAAGGCUCACAGGGGUGAAAGAGGAGCCUCCAGAUCCAGGAGAGCUGCUUCCUCUCAGACGGCCGGUCAGGAGGUUUGGAGACCCGGUUCUGAUGACCGCCAUCAGGAUCCACUGCCAGACCAGACCCGGACGCUGAGCCAGGAGUUACCUGGAUAUUUAACACCUCUGCCCUCUGAGUCUGUUUUUGUGUCCACAGGUCAGGAUCACUGGAGGAGGAAGUGGCAGAGCAGCAGCCAGCAGAGCCCAGAUGAUGGACGUCCGUCCAAUCCAUUUAAAAGACCUGCUACAUGGUCUCGCAGAGAUUCUUCACCAGGCAUCAUGUCCACAUCAUCUUUGUCCCUCUCUGAGGACAAUGUAAAGAGGCGGUUCUGUAGAGAGUCAUUAAGCCUGAGCAGCAGAGGCUCGUACAGCGUCUGUUGGAGGUGGAGUGGUGAUGGAUCGGAGAGCCCAAACGAACAGGGCAGUUGUGGCAACCGCUGUUUGUCCAGGGCUGACAGCCUCGAAGAGUGGAUGAGCCCUCCGCUGCCAGGUCAAGUUCCUGUUGAGCCAACAGAGACUUCAAAUGGCCGAACUGCCCAGGGUGCCAUGGAGUCUUCUCCUGUGAACAAGAGCUCAACAGAAAAACCUACAGAAUGGAGGAAGAGGAAAAGAUUUCGAUCUUUCUUGAAGAUGCUGUGGAAGGCCAUGAAGAGUCCUUUCAGCUGCUGUUGCCACAGUAGUGCUGUGGAUGUUGUGGAGCCUUUUGUCCCUCCACCAGAUCUGGAGCCGUCACCUGAUCCUGAGCCGUCACCUGAUCACUCCAGAGUCAAGACAAAUAAUGAGUCCUUUGAGUCUCUCUUUAACGUGGGAGAGAUGAUUGGAUCCGGAGGAUUUGGCAGGGUGUACGAGGGGACACGCAAAUUUGAUGGCAAAAAGGUUGCCAUCAAGCGGAUACGCAAGACUGCCAACAACCGUUAUCUUGAUAUUCCUGGGCAUCCCGAACCUCUCGUUACAGAAGUGGCGCUGCUGCUAAUGAUGAGGCGAGAACCCAUAAGCCCCUACAUCAUACAACUGUACAAUUGGUUUGAACAUCCUCGAAAAUUCACUCUGGUUAUGGAGUACCCUGAACCCUGCGAGAGCUUGCUGGACUUCAUCAUUCGUCAUCCUCAACUGGACGAAACAACAGCACGGGUCAUCAUGCGACAGGCUGUGCUGGCAGUACAACACUGCAUUGAGCAUGGCGUUUUUCAUAAUGAUGUUCAUGCGCAGAACUUCCUGUUGAAGAAAAACACGUUAGAGCUCAAGCUGAUAGACUUUGGCUGCGGUCAGCUGUUUAGUAGCGAUGGCUACGAGAGCAACAUAUACCUUGGAUUACUGGAUUACUGCCCACCUGAAGUCUUCACAGAACCGAGAUUCCACGCCGUCGCAGCGAACGUCUGGGCUCUAGGAGUGUUGUUGUACGAGAUGGUGAACGCAUGUUCUCCUUUUUGGGAUAGAAUGGAAGUCAAACAAGCUAAAGUUACAUUUCAGAACACCAACUUAUCCAAAGAAUGCAGUGAUCUGAUUAGCCAGUGCCUAACCCGGGAUCCAACUAAACGGCCGACAUUAGAGCAGAUCUUACAACAUCAAUGGAUUAGAAAUGAUCUAGAUUGGAGAAGCUCAGGAGAUUCACUCGAUCAGUGAUUUCAGGAAAUAACAUGCUUGCUGUCCUUGGUGGAGGACUUGAGCUCGAGACUUGACCCGAAGCCUGAAGUCCAACCCUACAGGAACUCAAGCCGCCACACCAGAGAUCAGAGCCUGUCCACGUCUGAGCAAGAACAGAGAGACUGCAAGACAUCAAUUCAUCACAGACACAUUUGCUUUGUUUUUAAGUCAAGUCAAGACAUCUUUAUUUAUAUAGCACUUUUUUAUAUGACCAAUCUGUAUAUAUGUAUAUAUAAUCUGUAUAUGAUCCCUUUGAAUAAAUGCUUUUAAUGAAUACAAAAGGAGAAAUGCUUUUAAACAGUCUGCUUCAUUUAAACAGGUGCACCAUUCCU